AUGACGCCCUGGAGACUUCAAAACUGGCAAGAGCACAUGCCAUCGAGCCCAUUCUCGAGGCAUCCGAGUAAGUUUGACCCAAAAAAGGUCACGUUCUCUACAAACUACCAGAUUAUGUCGGCCCAACUUGGACCACAUUCGGGCACCGGUACCACCCUUCGCCCUUGUAUGUCGUAUCACUUGCGAGGUGUGCUCAAAAUGCACGUGUCAACUCCACAAGGUGAUGCAAUUCGCGCCAACCGUCAGUCCAUACGAGGCGGUUUAGUAAACAUCACAUGUGAGCAAAUAUGUGCUCAUCGCGUCGGCACCUUUUUAUACCUCGUGUUUCCACUUGUCUGUGCGUAUACAUAUGUAUAUAUAUCCGUGUGUGUAUGUAUGUGUGUGUGUGUGUGUUUGGACGUUAAUGUGUGGCAUGGCAUGAGAAGACGAUGA